AUGACUACGAGGGAUGAAGUACUCAACAAACAUUAUAUAUUAAAUGGUUCGGAUUAUCGAUGUGAGUUCUAUGGUGAUCCGCCUAACAGCACUACAGCACUACAACAAGAGUUGGUUCAGUUGAAUUCUGAUGGCGAUUACAUUCAGAAUUCUGAUGGCGAUUCAGACGAUGAUUCUGUUUUUCCUCAUCUUGCAAACGGUUAUACAAAUCACGUAGAAAUUGGAGUAUCUUCGAUCGAUCUCAAUGAUGACGAAGAUACAAAAAGCAACAAAGAAGAUGAUGAUAAGAGGAUGAGAGAGGUUACUAAUUCGGCGAUACGGAGAGCGUUCAGAGAAGAUGAGAGUCGGCGGAAUGCUCCGCUGACGGCCGAGACGGCGACGAGAGUGAUGGAGGGUUGGGGUCCAAGAAUUCUAUACUGA